GACGGAAAGCCAAUGACUUUGGUGAAGAUUUGUGGGCUGAAAGACGUUGAGAGUGCUCUUGUGGCCCUGGACUCCGGUGCUGACCUCGUCGGGUUUAUCAUGGUGCCCAACAGAGACCGUACUGUGGAUCCUGAGGUUGCCUCUUCAAUAGCUCAGCUGUGUAAGGAGAGACAAUCUAUGUCCAGCAUAGACCUCCUCAGCAACCUCGAUAAGGCCCAUUGGACCGAGUCUGCUUACAAGUUGAUAGCUGAGAAUGGUCCAUACGCCGUUGGAGUGUUUCGUAAUCAAUCGGUGGAAGAUAUCAACAACGCUGUUGAGUCACUGGGACUUGACUUUGUCCAACUCCACGGCUCUGAGCCGAGAAGUGAGUACAUAGCAAAGAUCAAAGUGCCUGUGAUCACCAGAUUCGUUCCAAAUGAUAAGGAGAUUGCCAAUGUAAACCUUGCCAGUCAGAUUCUGACGCUAUUUGACUCAGAAGCCGGUGGUGAAGGCACAACAUUGAAUUGGACUGAGUUGAAUCAGUGGGGCGAGGAAUCAGGGUCCACUUAUGUGUUGGCAGGUGGAUUGACACCUCUGAACGUUGGUGAUGCUGUCAACAUCAAGGGAGUCAUUGGUGUUGACGUGAGUAGUGGUGUCGAGACAGAUGGUGUGAAGGACCAUGAAAAGAUUAGACGUUUUGUACAGGCUGCGAAACAAAAAUAA